AUGAAUCAAAUAAAACAAAAAGAGCUACGAAUCGUGACACUGGAGUCACCUAAGAAGUUGUACGACAAUUUUCUUCUAUGCGUUCAUGAUAAUAUUGGCAAAAAAGAAAAGGAUAUCUUAGAAUUCUCAUUUAGAGAUGACUUACCAAGGUCGAUUCUGGAGAGUCGUAAUCCGCUAAAAUAUUUCGAGAUUUUGGAGCAACGAGGAAAGCUAUCAUGCACCGAUAUUGGCUCCUUGGUCAAUUAUCUUAAAGAAGCGUCACUUUAUUCUUUAUUAUCGGAAGCACGAUAUUAUCAGGCUAGAAUACGAGUUAUUGGAUUUUUUCAAAAAUAUCUUCAAGAAUGUUUGCAAGAAGUUCGCUUAGACGAUAAGUUGAACGAAAAAUGGUGUUCAGAACAAAAGAUACCAGAGAAUUAUUUAAAAAAAUGUCAGGAAUUGCUUCGUGGACUACAAGAUUAUGAUAUAACUCUCAACCAUUUGCGAAGUUUGUUUUGCAAAGGCAUUGUUAUCUUGGCGAAAAGCUGUUCUAGUAAAGAUCCACAGUUAGCUUGUUCCAAGCUACUUUACAUGGCUGAUCUGUUUUACCUGAGAUUUCGAGAGGUGAUAGUCGAUGAUGAAGAACUGCUGAACAUCCAACCUUUAUCAUCCGGUAAAUUUUUGUCUCUCGAUUAUCGUGGAUCAACUACAGUUAUUUGGCGACGCAGAAGUUCAGUGUCAGCUGGAAGUGUCAGACGUAGCCAGAUAAGAGGAAAAUAUGUUGAAGUUGAUACUUUAUUUAUGGUAAAAGUAUGUCUCAUAUUGAUAGUAGUCGUAGACGUAGGAUUUUGGAUAACGUCAUAUUGCUAGGCAAAUUAACAUUAGCCUUUCUCACGAUGACGU